CUGCGCGGCAAAAGAUGACGCGGUAGCCAAUCAAUCUCUCGCUCUUAUGGAAAAGUUGUAAAUUGAUUGGCUGUCGCGUCACCUUUUAGCGUUGCCGCGUCUGUGUGCAAGACCAUUAAGUGCAUAUGCACAUGCAUCUAUACAUCUAUAGUAUACGUAACGAUUAUUCAAUCUUCCCCUCCUAGAGAAACAUUGGUCAGUCUUUUGUAUCCGACUGAUGAUUCGUUGGAGUAAUAAGUGAACGACCGUUCGUUUUCUCUCAUAGGUCGAUUUAUCAUACACGAUUAAAUUCAAGUUACAAACAGCAGAUGUGUGAAUUGAUAACCGUCGCAGAAAUCUUAGAAGAAAGUGUGUUUCUAUUAUAUUUCUGCGCAUUGAUUUUACAUUUCUUUUGUGAUUGUGAAGAUUUUCGUUCCCCUUUUUUUAUGUGACACGGUAAAUUUAAAUUAAAAAAAAGCAGAUGCUAUUUUAACUGUUAACUGUCAUCAAGAGAAUCAAAGCAUCAUGGAAUCUUGUGUACCAAAACCAAAACUAAUGAAAGCAAUUUCUACAAUGGAUAUACAUACUAAAAGUAUAAAUGACAAAACAGUCAAAGAGAUAAAUAGUAUCUCAACAUCAAACUCAGUAUCAACUGUAAAAUCGGCACCAACAAGCUCCCUUUCUACAACAAAAUCUACAAAAGAGAAUAAACCACCAAUUACUUUAGUCCGUGCAAAAACAUUAUCCACAAUUACACGAUCGAAUAUAAAUGGUGUAAAAAGAUCAGGUACAACUAUAACACAUGGGGAGCCAAAGAAACCAUUUCUCAAACCUGUUACGAAAGUACUAGUGAACAAACCAAAUAGUAAAACAUUGACAACUAAUAAUACAGCAAAGAAAACGAAUCAAGUAUUACAGAAUAAUACAGAUAACAAGUCAACCAAAUUAAAAAGAUGGGAUUUGCGAGGUCGCUUGGCUCAAACGAGUGAUAAAUUAUUAGUUGCAGAACAAAAAAGUAAAGAUAUAGAAUCAAAAUAUAAUGCCCUGCAAGAAUUGGUAAAUAGUUUAAAAACUAGUGAGGCUGCAUGCAGAACCAAAGCAGAAAAAUUUGAGGAUUCAAACAAUACUUUAACUAGUGAAGUUCAAGCUUUAACAAAAGAAAUAUCUACGAUACAAAAACAUCAAGAAGAUUUGGUAAAACGAUUAAAAGAAUCAGAAGAAUUAUGCACAAGCGUUACUUGCAUGUUGAAUGAAUGUAAAGAAAAAUGUAAAACACAAGAAGCAUUGAUUUCAAAACAAACAAUACAAUUAACAACUUUGACAACUGAGCUGGAAUUACAAAAACAGAUAAAUGAGAAUUUAAGUAAUGUUAAAGAACAAUUAGAAGCAUUGGCAUAUGAAAUGGAUAAAAAAUGUAGAGUGCUACACAAUAACAUACAAGAAUUAAAGGGGAAUAUCAGAGUAUUUUGCAGAGUUCGUCCGAGGACUCCAAAGGAAGUUGAACAGAUGAAAGCAUUGUGUAGCAUAAACUAUAUAGAUGACUGUACUAUUGAAAUAAGCAAAUUGGAUGGAUCAGAUGCAGUAAGUUGUAGUGGAAAACAACGAGGAACAAAGCAAGAAUUUUCAUUUGAUAAAGUUUUUACUCAUAAAGCAUCACAAGAAGAUAUAUUUGAAGAGUUAUCCUUUUUAGUACAGUCUGCUCUUGAAGGAUAUAAUGUUUGUGUAUUUGCUUAUGGCCAAACUGGUUCUGGCAAAACAUAUACUAUGGAAGGAGAAAUGGAGCAAUCUGAAGGCAUGAUACCUAGAACAGUACGUCAUAUAUUCAAAGAAAUGAAACAGUUUGAACUUCUUGGUUGGGAGUAUCGAGUAAAAGCAAGUUUUUUGGAAAUUUACAAUGAACAUAUCGUUGAUCUUCUCGAUUCGCAAUUAAAGACGCACGAGAUACGAAUGGUGGAUAGCAAAGGUCAGGAUUUAUAUGUCAGCAAUCUUCGAAUAGAAGAAAUACACAGUCCAGAAGAAUUGCAUGAAUGUCUUGAAACUGCACAACGCAAUCGAGCUGUUGCAGCUACCAAGGCAAAUGAGCGGUCGUCCAGAUCACAUUCAGUAACGAGAAUACAAUUGAUUGGCACGCACAAUAGAAAACAGGAGGUAUCGAUAGGAAAUUUAAAUUUAGUCGAUUUAGCUGGAUCUGAACGUUUGAAGAGUGAAGAAGCUGUCAGAACUACAGAAACGAAGAAUAUCAAUAAAUCAUUAGCAAAUCUUGGUAAUGUUAUUUUAGCUCUUUUAAAAAAACAGGAACAUAUUCCAUAUAGAAAUUCUAAAUUAACUCAUUUGCUUAUGCCUUCUUUGGGAGGCAAUUCGAAAACUUUAAUGUUGUUAAAUAUAUCGCCAUUAGAUGAAUGUUAUAACGAGACAUUAAAUUCGUUAAGAUUUGCUAGCAGUGUUAAUAACUGCAAGACUGGAAAUGUUAAACGAAGUCGAAUGCUUUUACAGAAUAUACCAAACUGAAUUUUAAAAUAUUAGUUUUAGUUAAAGAAUAGUUUGAUUGCAUUUGUUAUAUAAUCUUGAUUUACAAAUUUUUACUCAAUUGAUAUUUAUAAUAUGAUUGAUAUUUUUUUUUACAAUUAUUAUGAUUAAUAUAAAAUAACUUAAGGAAAAAAAUAAUAUAUGUGUGUAUUCUUAUGGAAUUAAUGGCAAAAAAUGACAAUAAAAAGCCAUCUUUUUAUAUAACCUAAUAUAAUGUUU